CUCGUGUCUCGUGUCGUAAAAGUAACGACGAAGAAAUUCAUUCGCACCAUCUAUCAGAGAAAUUAGAAAUCUUAAAAACGAAACUCAGACCCAGGGUAAUUAUUAAGGCAUACCUGGCCAAGUCAAGUAUAUUCAUAUAUACGUGUAAAACGUGAGUAGUGAGUUGCGUGUAGAUGCGCUCUGGGCUGACUGAAAUAAAUAACGUUUAUGUUUAUACGUGCGUUUGAAAGAAUUUACAUUUUUGGCAAGUAAACGAACGUUUGAUUUACCUUCUCACAAAUAGAUAGGAUGGCGGAUACCACGAGUACAGGUUCGGGUGAUAGUUCUCCACAAGUAGAAAAAGGUUGGAAUGCUUUGAGGCAACACAUUAUCGACAAUAAGAUUAAAGUUGGAUUAUGGAUUACAAGACUUUUUACUAUUAUAUUUACUAUUGGUUACAUCAUUCCUAUAUUUGGGAAUCCUUAUAACAUUUAUUACAAAGCCUUAAUGAGUAGUGCAGCAACAAGUGCAUUACGGCUUCACCAAAGAGUUCCACGCGUUCAACUUAAUAGACCAUUUCUAAACCUUUUAUUUCUUGAAGAUUCCUUUCACUAUUUAUUUUAUUCUUUGAUUUUCUUGUACGCAGCUCCUGUUACAUUGGUGUUAAUUCCCAUAUUUUUAUUUGCAUUGAUGCAUUUCGCUAGUUAUUUGCUCACAUUGCUGGACUGUUUAGGACAGAAUAGUUUGUGGGGAGCACGCCUCUCCAUUUCUAUAGUGGAAUUUCAAUCACGGAACAUUUUGCGUCUGUGCGCACUAUCAGAGAUAAUUAUUUUGCCAUUUACUGUUCUCCUCGUAUUUACGGGUCGUGCUGGUUUACUAACGCCUAUUAUUUAUUAUCAAUUCUUGAAAUCUCGUCUAGAAUCACAAAGAAAUCCAUUUACUCGUAAUGUAUUUUAUGAACUUAGAAAUAGACUAAGUUCCAUUUCAAGAAGACAGUCUCUGCCGGAAAUAGUUCGACGAAUGAUUCAGGGUCUACUUUUACUCACGCAACAAAUGGUUCCGAUUCGUCAAUAAUUUUUCAUUUUCAAUACAUCAUUUUUGAAAUUAGAUUUCCUGGGGUUUUAGGGUCCAUGGAAUUAAUAAUUUCAUACAACAUAAUUGGAUGAUAAAACGAGUGCAAAUAUCAAAAACAACAAGGCUACCAAGUAUCAUUUGAAAUGUAUUAAAACAAACAAAGUAUAAGAUGACAUUUUGAAAUUGCGAUUAAUAUCUUGCAAUUUAUGUCUGAUUGUUAUAAAUAAUAGCAAGAUUUUUGCAAAAAUUUCAUACGAAUAAUUACUAGAUUAAAUUUAGGAUUCAUUUACCAAGUACGAAAGUACUUGUACGAUCUUGAAAUUGAAUAAUCGGAUUUUUCAUAUUCUGUAAUGCGUAUUAUUAUUGAUAACGCAACAAGAUUUUAACUACAUAGCGUUAAAUUAUUAUGGACGAAUGGAUAACAAUCACACUAUAACGAGUAUCGUUAAACGUUUAUUCUAAUAUUUUGCAUAUAUAUAUAUAUAUGUUCAUAUUUAUUGUAACAUUCCGACACGCUUAUUGAACUCGAACAAGUAUAUAUUUCUAAGUAAACUCACAUCAUACAUUGAUUGAUGUAUUAUCCCACAUUAUAAUAUGUAUUUUUUGUAAAUUUUAAAAACGUUUAUGUUUACGCACUCCUCUUUUCCCAAGAAAUAUUCAAUGCGUGCUAAGAAAUAGUUUAUGUAUAAUAUUAGACAAAUCAUUUUUUCAUUAUUUGAUAUAGAUAUGGGUUAUUCUUUGAACACUGUAAUAAAACAGUAUUUGGCUCGUCUUACAAGGUUAAAUAUCCUAAUUGAUAUUCCAAUGAUAUUUUAGGUUAAUUAGUACAAUUUUAUUGAAUUAAGAAGAUAAAGGAAAGAUAAAAUGAAAUAAAAUACUAAGUUUAAGCAUGAUCUGUGAAACUUUCGUAAAUAAAAUAUAAAAAUAAUACAAUUUUCA